AACGGCUUCAUUAGUUUAGCUUUAGCACCAGUUGAAAGCAAAAUCUGUGGUCAGUAUUCAAAGUUGCAUUUAUUUUCUUUGUUAGUACUGCACUAACAAAGUGGUUGCCACCGUUACUUUCCCAUCAGCCAUUAACAUGGUGGCCCUCCCACCUAAUAUAAUUUAGAGGAUACCUCCCCAACUCAAUCAAUUUCAUCAACAUUUCAUGAGAAUCAAUCCCACCUUGUUUCUUCCUUCUUCCUUCUUCCUUCUUCCUUGUUCCUUCUUAGCAGUUCUUUUUUACGUUACACCAUGGUUCAGAGGAAAGCACCAGACAGACCAAAAUCCUCAACUGAACAAAAGAAGAGCCAUGGCCGAUCAGAGAGACAACCCUCUUCUCAUCUGCAACCAGAUACAAAAAUCAUGAGAGGAACUGAUCUUAAGAAAAAACUGAGAAAGGUAAAUUCUACAAAAUGUUCUGAUUUUGAUAGCUUCGAACUCCCCCCUAUGGAUAUUCAAUUCAAGAAAACAUCCCCAUGCAAGAAGAAUUCUUCAACUCCAAUCAGAAGCUACAUGAGACCGACUAGAAGUUCUGAUGAUAAGAAGAAAAGACCAAGAAACUCGAAGUACUCGAAUUCCUCUUCUGCUGUGAAGGCACAGAGCAUACAAUCCAACUUAAAACAAGUGAAAUCUUCAAUGAAGAAGAGAUUGGUGGUCACUUUGUGUUCGAAGAAGAAUGUGAACGGGGCCACCUGCUCAUCAACUUUGAAGGAUUCGAGGUUUCCUGCAGCUUUGGAGCUCAAUCAUGGAGCAACUGAAGCCGAGGGAAGUUCGACGAUAAGAGUCUGCCCUUACACUUACUGCUCCCUUAAUGGUGGUCAUAUGCGUGAGCCUUUGCCUCCUCUCCAGCGCUUCAUUUCUGCACGGAGGAAUUUGCUCCAGACCCAGAAAAGUUUGAUGGUACAGAGACUGUUUUCAUUUAAAAAUGGACCGUUACAAAAGGAAGGAAAGUUGAUUGAUGAAGAGACCAUAGAGGAGAACAACUGUCAUGAAAUUAGCAACUUUGAAGAGAAAUAUAAUCAUGAACAGUGUAUUCUCGAUGAAGUGAAACAUUCAAUGGAAAUUAUGCCUCAAACGAAUGAAGCUUUAGAUAUCAGCUUUGAAGAUGAUUAUGAUUAUGAUGUGGAUCAGAACAGUGAAUUAUCACAAUAUGAAAUGGAUGAUGUCAUGGUGAACUUCCUUGAGUAUGUGGAGUUUGAUCAUGAUAGAACAACAGCUCUGAAAGACUCUGAGGAAGAUGAUGAAAAAAAGAAGUCUGAAAUCGGAACUACGGAUAUUAAGUGGGAAGAGAAAAUAUGUUUGUUUCCUGACAAAAGAGAGUUCUCAGAAUCCCCAGAUGAGCAUUUUUCUGAAAAUACAACAAAUAGUUAUGCCACAAUUGAAGCAGAAGAAGAUUCAAAAAGUGGGCUCAUUUCACAAAGCAUCAAGGAUGAAGUUCAGAAGCUUCCAUCAGAAAUGAUGAAUGAAAGCAGAUUGGGAUAUGAAUCUGAAAGUCCGGAGAAAGAGGUGCCGGAUGCUUCUAACAAGACAGGUCGAAAUAAAUUGAAUGUUUCUGCUACAAAUUUCAAGGGAAUUGAUGGUAUUUCAAACCCAAGAUGGAAUAUUGCAAAAAAGGGAGUUACUAGAAAAUUUGACCAAGUUAAGGAAUUCAACCCACGGCCACUAAAUUUUCUUCCAUUGGAGCCUGAUCCAGAAGCAGAAAGAGUGGAUCUGAGGCAUCAAACAAUGGAUGAGAGAAGAAAUUCAGACGAAUGGAUGAUAGAUUAUGCACUUCAACUGGCUGUUACAAACUUAGGUCCAGCCCGGAAGAAGAAGGUGGCUCUGCUUGUCGAAGCUUUCGAAACCGUCCUUCCAUUGCCUAUGUGUGAAAAACCUCUCAGACAUGGCACAUCAGCCUUCAAUCAUCUGAGUUUUAUUCAAGCAUGCAGCUAAUACUCUCACAGAUUACUUUGAGUAAUUAGGCUGCGAUUGAAUGAGAUUUGGACAUAAGAAAUCUUUAAUGGCCGGAUUGACGUAAGAAUUCCUUAACCAAGAAUUUAGUACUGAUAUAUAAGAGUGUGAUGUUUGUCUCCAUGAACAAUUCUGUUCUGCUUGUUAAAAAGGUGUGUCUGGCUUUAUAAAUGAUAUGAAUUGCUUAAACUACAACUGCUUUUAUGUAUUUUCUUCUAAAGUGAAAUCAAAUAUGUAUUUAUGUGUUU